CCAUGCAGUUGGCCGAAAAUUAUCGUGAUCGUGCGCCGACGGACGAAAUCAACUGUCCCGGUGACGAGCGGGCAGCUUGCGCGCUGUGCAUCAACGUGGGCAACUUCAGCGAUCCCCGGGAGGUUCAAGGACUGGCGCACUUCCUCGAGCACGUCAUAAGCAUGGGCUCGGCCAAGUAUCCCGAGGAAAACGAAUGGGACCGGUUCAUCCGCGGCAGAUGCGGCUCCGCGCACGCCGACACGUCGCGCGAGCGCACCAAGUUCCACUUUCAGAUACACUCGGCGCAUCUGCAACCGGCCCUCGAUAGGCUGGCGAAUUUUUUCAUCGAGCCGCGAUUGACGAAAGACGCGCUGAUGCGCGAGCGCGAGUCCGUCGACAAUGAAUUCCACAUGGACCUGAUGAGCGACGGUAAUCGGCUCAAUCAGCUGGUCCGCAGCGCCGCAGCGACGACUUCCGCCGACCGGGACACGACGACGACGACGACGAUGAAUCCCGCGGCCAAGUUCUCUUGCGGCAACGCGGCCACCUUGCGCGACAGCCUCGAUGAAAAUAGCCUGUGCUCGUGGCUCAGGUCGUUUCAACAGCGACACUACUCGGCCCAGCGCAUGACUUUGGCUCUUCAAGCUCCCCUGACGCUCGAUCAGCUUCAAGAGUACGUCGUGGACAGCUUCGCGGACGUGCCGAACAACGGCCUGGAACCCGACGACUUCUCGAGCUUUCGAGGUAUGCGCGCCUUCGAUGCCAGCAAGCUCGGCAAGCUCUACGAGAUCGAGUCCGUCGACGGCUCCUCGAGGCUAGAGAUCAAGUGGAUCAUGCCUCCUCAGACGGCGGAGCAAUGCGACGGUCUGCGUUACGUCGCGAGGCUUUUGAGCCAGGAGGGCCCGGGCUCGUUGAGUCAUCAUCUGCGCCAGCGCAAGCUCUGCCACGAGUACGAGGUGAGCCACGAGCAGAACUCGGUCUACUCGCUGCUGGGCCUGAGUCUCGGUCUGCGCGACGACGACAACGACGACGAUAAAGACGACGACGUGGUCGGACGAAUCCUCGAGGCGACGUUCGCCUACGCUGCCCUGCUGCGCAGGCUCGGCCCCCAGCGGAGGAUCCACGACGAGAUGCGAGCCAUCGCUGAGUACAAGUUCGAGUACGGCGACGAGCGCGAGGCAUUGGCCCACGUGCAGAAACUCUCGCUCAACAUGCAGCUUCACCCGGGGCGGCCGAGGGACUACGUGCGAGGCGACGAGCUCUGCGGCCCCUACGAGCCCGAUCGGCUGCGAGACUUUCUCGAGCAGCUCAGCAGGCCCGAGGCGUGCCUGAUCGUUCGGCUGAGGAGCGGCCCGUUGGAGGAGGAACAUCGGCUCGAGGAGCUCCGGCUCGAGCCCUGGUACGGCUUCGGCUACGCCGUGUCCCAAGUGCCCGAGACGGUGCUGCGCGGCUGGCGCGAUCCGCCCGAGUCGCUGGUGCGCGAGUUCGCCCUGCCCCAGACCAAUCCCUACCUCGUCACGGAUUUUCGACUGAUCGGCGGGGCGAUCUCGAGCGCCGAGGAUCGACCCCCGCGACGAGUCAGAAACUCUCACGGCCUGGAUCUGUGGUACAAGCCGGACGCGACGCAUCGACGGCCAACCUGCUCGGUCUACCUUCAUCUCGGCAUUUCCACGCCGCUACGAUCGCUUCGCUCGUACGUGUUCCAAGUGCGCAUGAAAUCGAAGGUUUUAUCCUCGGAUAUUUUUUGCAGACACGUAAUGCUGCGCCUGUACGAGAUAUCCAUCCACGAGAUGAUGCUGGGCGAGCUGUGCGACGCGAAGCGCGCCGGCAUCUCGUGCGGCAUUUUAGCCAGCGAGUGCGGCAUCGUCAUCAAAGUCUACGGCUUCAGUCAAAAAGUACCGCUGCUGCUGGACGUUCUCGUGAGGAACGUCGCCGAUUUCGCCAAGACCAUCAACGAGGACGUGUUCGACGCCGCGAAAAUCGAGCUGGCCAAGUACUACUCCAGCUGUCUCUACGAUCCCGGUGCUUAUGCUUGCGAGAUUCACUCGAGCCUGUCAGGCCAGUCGCUCUGGCUGUCGUCGGAGAAGCGCUCGGCCCUGGAGCGCACGCGUUUCGAGCACCUGGUCGACUUCGCCAAGCAGCUGUCGCGCCAGGUCUACGUGGAGGCUCUUGUCCAGGGCAACGUGACCCCUCACGACGCCCUGGCCACGGUGCUGCGCUCGUGCGGCCAUCUGGCCAGUCGCGUGUUCUACCGGACGCCAGCCUCGACCGAUCUGUACCAGCCACUGCGCCGCCGACUGCCCAGCAACGAUCGGCUGUUCAAGACCAACAACAGAAAUCCCCUGGACGUCAAUUCCGUGGUGAUGAAUUACUACGCGACGAGCGCCAUUCCGCCCAAGCUGUCGCUCUCGCUGGUGGGCGAAUUUCUGGAGAUGCUGCUGCAGGAGCCGCUGUUCAAUCGCAUCAGGCGACAGGAGCAGCUGGGCUACAUCGUCAUCUGCACGGCCAAUCCGGCGGGCGUCAUCGUCACGGUCUACACGCCCGCCUACAAGUACUCCACCGAAUACGUCGAUCGGCGCAUCGAUCGUUUCUUUCGUCGCUUCUCCAGGCGGAUGCGCGACCUGACUCGCGCCGAGUUCGACGUGCUGCGCGACUGCUAUCGCAGAACGCGACAGAUCGAGCCGCUGAAUCUCGAGGCGGACGCCGACAAGUCCUGGUACAUGAUCAAGAAUCGCGUGCAGCAGCUGCAGCAGCAGGGAGGCGACGACGACGCGCUGAGGCGAUUCGAUUUCGCCGCGUUCCGCGACUGGAUGGUGGAUUACACGAGCUGCAUCAGGAAGUACAAGAGGCUGAGCGUGCAGGUCGAGGGCAACUUCGACGAGUCCUGCUCCGAGGACUGCGACACGCUCAGGAUAACGUGA